UGAAUCCACCUUUAACACAAACGAAGAAGAAAACCGGAAGCGUCGUUUUCCUCCUGCUGGCGAUAGCUAAAGCAACGUUGGUGUCAUCGUCUUAUCGGGGUUUGACAACAGAAACAGCGGCCUUAUUUCGUGUCCAACCACGAAUACUUAUUUUCACUGGGGUCUCUGAAGAGAUGAACAACAACGGGAAUAAGAGAGCUCCAACCACAGCCACCCAGCGACUUAAACAGGAUUACCUCAGGAUAAAGAAAGACCCUGUGCCUUACAUCUGUGCAGAACCUCUCCCCUCCAACAUCCUAGAAUGGCACUAUGUCGUCAGAGGUCCCGAGAAAACUCCUUAUGAAGGAGGAUAUUAUCAUGGAAAACUUAUUUUCCCACGUGAAUUUCCCUUUAAACCACCAAGUAUCUACAUGAUAACACCGAACGGGAGAUUCAAGUGCAAUACAAGGUUAUGUUUGUCCAUCACAGACUUCCAUCCAGACACGUGGAAUCCUGCAUGGUCCGUCUCUACCAUCCUCACAGGUCUGCUUAGCUUCAUGGUGGAGAAAGGCCCCACUCUUGGCAGCAUUGAGACCUCUGACUACACAAAAAGACAGCUGUCAGCCCAAAGCCUGGCCUUCAACCUAAAGGACAAAGUGUUCUGUGAGCUGUUUCCUGAUGUGGUCGAUGAGAUGAAGCAGAAACAGAAGGCCCAGGAGGAGUUAAGCGCCCGCACUCAGCCCCUUCCCCUCCCUGACGUGGUGCCCGACGGAGAUCCCCAGCAGGCCCACUAUGGCCUCCCUGCCCUCAACGGAGGCCCCGUUCCAAACAGGGUCGCUAACCCUGCGCCUGGCCUGCAGCAGGCCAACCGCAACCACGGACUUCUAGGUGGCGCUCUAGCCAACCUGUUUGUGAUUGUAGGCUUCGCGGCAUUUGCCUACACAGUCAAGUACGUGCUGAGGAGCAUAGCCCAAGAGUGAGAGGAGUGGGUUUUGUAGGGGCGACGCUCCCCCCUACAGGUGAGCCAGCAAGUGGACUCCACAUUUGACAAAUACACUACGUGGGGGAGGGAUGUUCAGUCCUGGGUUUAACCCCUCCACGACCACCACCACCACCACCACCAUGGACUUUGGAAGCCGACCCACCCAGGAAGGACCAAGAUUAGGAGGAGGGGGAGGAGGUGGGGGAGUGGAUGGGAGUGGGAGUAGCGCUUAUUAAAAAAAACGGUUGUGAUCUCCUCUGUGCUUCAGUGGUUUGUGUCAGCAGCAGAAAAAACUUGGCUCAUGGGUUGUGGAAGAGUGCAGAACCAUAGCAGGCUGUAGUUAUUUGCUUCAUGCUGAAGGAAGGUCACAACGACAGGACAUGCUUCUCUGAUGUGAAACACAAUCCACCAAUGUUCCCCAUCACUAACAUCAAAUUGCCUUUAAAAUCAUGCCAGUAGCCGCUCCUCUGUCUAUCACCUGUACAGGAAUGUCCCUCCACAACGGUGUCAGUUCAGAGACUAGACUCUUCAGGGUGUGAUCUGAUGCUCCUAUAGGGACAGGUGACUCAAAGUCAGGAAAGGAAGCACAUAAAAAGAAUGCCACAGAAGACUAGCUGUGUGGUUUUCCCUAUGAUCCCAAGAUUCAAGUUUAACAGCGUGGGAAUAAAAAGAAAACCCAAAAGAUAGAAAUGCAAAAAGACCAAAAUCAGAGGGCAGAAAUGUGACAUCUGUACAACCUUAUCAGUACUUGUGUAUCUCAUUGUUAGGAACUACUUACUUCACCAAAGCUCACACCUGAUAAUGAUGGAUUACAGUCUGAGCAAGUAGUGGAAGGAAGUAUCUUUCCUAGAGCACAGUACUGAAGUGUGUUCAUUUCUGUUUUACUCUUUAUUUAGAGCUCAAAAUAUGAAAAUGUUUCACAGCCAAUGACUCUGUGGUCCAGAUGUUGUGUGCCCUCAACCCAUGAGCCAAGCAGUGACCCCCUUGUCUGCACAGAAGUCACUAGAGACCAGUACCUUUUUUAAAUUGGCCAAGCUGACCAGUAUGGCACCGCUCUAUAUAGGUCCAAGAAAGGGGACACAUGAAGAGAACCAACAUUUUUCUGUAUAUUCUUUUCUUUUUCUUUGUGUUUUGUUCUCUUUAUUUAUAGAAACGGCCUCGACUAGUUUGUCUUGGUUCUGAGGAAACAUCAAGUGUUUGCUGAGCAUUUGUGUGUGAGCAAACACAGACGGGCCGUGGCGCAGGCUCACAUAAUUGCUGAUAAUUUACUGUCGUGCAUUGCAUUUAGUACAGAUUGAUCUACUGUGUAUCUAAUGUUUCAACAGAAACAUUCACCUCUCUGUUGCUCAUUUCUUGGCACCAUCUUUAAAAAAAAAAAAAAAAAAAAAGACAACUGCUGAUGAUGGGAGUGCGUUUGUGUGAUUAUGCAGCAAAUGCCCAGAUUUCCAGGCUUCAGUUAAUCUUGUGUGACGUAUGUUUUCAUAGUAAAUGCAAAUAAAUUACUCUGCUUUGCAGGGCAUUUUAGCAAA